AUGCCGGCCAUCAACACCGCCGACUACUGGGGCAACCAGGAGCUGGCUGAUGUUACGAUACGUAUCGGUGAUGUCGAGCUAAAGUGCCACAAGUUCGUGCUUGUGCAAGGCUCGACGUACUUCAGAGCGCUUCUUUACCUGCCGGACCUCAGACGCGAAGCACUCACUCACUUCCAAGCCAGUGUAAAGGCAUUGACAGACCUAGAGAGCCUUGCGAAUGUCAUCGAGCUUCUGGCAAAGAAUUAUGCACUCGAUCCCGCCACACAAGACUUCCAGAAACGCCUUCUGAGCAAUACUGACGGCAUAAGCCGGUUCGUUACGAGACCCGAGUUCCGCAAGCUACUGAUGCGCCGUCCAGACAUGCUCGAUCAUUGUUUCGCACCGAUGCUCGAGAUCCUGAAGCCGCUCCUUUUUGGUCCAGACUCACACAUGAAGAAGCUGGGGAAGGUGCUUCGAGCUCUGCGACAAAGGACUGAACUGUGCCAGACGUGCCAGCCAUUUAUUGCGGAGCAGAUCCAGGAGGCAAUGUUCCAUGUCCUGGAGCGUGAUCAAUAUGUUAGCGACGAGUCGGGCAAAGGGGCGGUGCAUGAUGGGGUUCGUCAAGUGUUGCGGAACGUCCGGGUUAAGGCGCAGAAGUGCGAGGGCUGUAGGCACGUGGUGCAGUGGAGUAUACUCGAUGUCUUUGCGCCUGAUACGAGAGGCGAGGAGGAGAGGCCGGCGAAGAAGAUCAAGGUGGAGGUGGAGGGCAGCGUGUAG